AUGGCAAUUCUUGAAUACUUUCACAUCAUUAUAGCACUUGUUUGCAUACUUCUUUUCUGCCAUUGGUGUCGGAACACUGUAUCCCCGGUCACUAACUGGCCUGUGGUAGGAAUGCUACCAGGGCUUCUUUUCAAGGCACAAAAUAUCCAUGAAUAUGCAACCCGGCUUCUGAAACAAAGUGGAGGUACCUUCGAAUUUAAAGGUCCUUGGUUUGCUAACAUGAACAUUUUUCUCACUGCUGAUCCUCUUAAUGUUCGCCAUAUUUCAACCACAAACUUCGUCAACUACCCGAAGGGGCCCGAGUACAAGAAGAUUUUUGAGCCUUAUGGAGAUGGAGUUCUUAAUUCAGAUUUUGAAUCAUGGAAAUCCUUCCGUAAAUUGAUUCAUUCCAUGAUUAAGGACAACAAGUUCCAGGUGUCUCUCGAGAGAUCUUUGCGAGAAAAGAUACUUAAAGGUCUAAUCCCGGUUCUAGAGCAUGUAUCAAGACAAGAAAUAGAAUUGGACAUGCAAGAUGUAUUCCAGCGUUUCACCUUUGAUAAUAUCUGCCUCCUGGUUUUAGGCUUUGAUCCACAGAGCCUCUCUGUUGAUUUACCAGAAAUUGCUUAUAAAACAGCAUUUGAUGUUGUAGAGGAGGCUAUGUUUUACCGACAUAUUGUGCCUGAAAGCAUUUGGAAAUUGCAGAAAUGGCUUAACGUAGGAGAAGAGAAGAGGCUAAGCCAAGCCAUGGACACCAUAGAUAAUUUAUUGGAGCAGUGCAUCUCAUCAAAGAAAGAAGAAAUUCGCCAACGCAAAGCCCAAAAUAUGGUGCAAGUUGAGGAUAAUGAUCAAGACGACUAUGACUUGAUCACCGCUUGCAUAAAAGAAGGAGAAGCAGCGGAACAGAUGGAUGCCUCCAAAAGGACUGACAAAUAUCUAAGAGACAUGGGAUUUAACUUCAUUGCAGCUGGGAAAGACACCGUAAAUGCAGCUCUAACUUGGUUCUUCUGGCUGGUGGCUACACACCAUGAAGUAGAAGAAAAAAUCGUAGAAGAGAUCAGAGCCAACAUGAAAUCGAAAGGAGAUCAUACGAUUAAUGGGAUGUUUUUCAAUCUGGAAGAGCUGAAUAAGCUUGUUUAUCUCCAUGGAGCCAUCUGCGAGACUCUUCGGCUAUACCCGGCUGUACCCUUUAACUAUAGAGUAUCUGUUGAAGCCGACACUCUUCCUAGUGGACAUCUGGUGAAAGAAAACACGAAGGUGAUGUUCUCACUAUACUCAAUGGGAAGCAUGGAAGAGAUAUGGGGUGAUGACUGCUUGGCAUUCAAGCCAGAGAGAUGGAUUUCGGAGCGAGGAGGAAUCAUUCACGUUCCAUCUUACAAGUAUAUUGCGUUUAAUACAGGACCAAGGAGCUGUUUGGGUAAAGAAAUAACCUUCAUUCAAAUGAAGACAAUUGCAACAGCCAUACUCUUGAAUUUUCAUCUUCAGGUGGUGGAAGGUCAUCCCGUUUCACCAGGUCUGUCUGUCAUGAUGCGUAUGAAGCAUGGUUUGAAGCUUAGGGCCACCAAGAGAUGUGUUUAA